CGUUCCCGCCGCCAUCGCCAUGGCCGCGCCGGGCGCCGCGCGGCGCCUCUACCGCCGCCUCCUGCAGCUGCACCGGGCGCUGCCGCCCGCCCUGCGCGACCUGGGAGACCGCUACGUCAAGGAGGAGUUCCGGAGGCACAGGGCGGCCGGGCCCGCCGAGGCCCAGCGCUUCCUGCGGGAAUGGGAGAACUAUGCAGCAUUGAUACAGCAACAAAUCAAUGAGGACAAACAAAACUUGAGAGAAAAGACUGUCUAUGGAAUCCAGCUCACAGAAGAAAAACUUAAUGACUUCCGUGAUGAACAGAUUGGGCAGCUGAAGGAACUGAUGGAUGAGGCAACCAAACCUAAUAAAAAAAUUACCAUUUCUAAAGACUCAAAAUACAAAAACUAAAAGAUUUUUAAAAUUGUUUUAAUGCAUAUGGAAGCAUUUUGAAACUUCCUCUUCCCAUUGGAGUUGAAUGGGGUUUCUGUGAAAUAGUGGGUGCUGCUGAUGCCAUAACUUGUCUGGCUAUUUGGCUUUUUGUGCAAGAAUAAAUGUAAAAUGAAGUAAUCACAACGCU